GUUAAUCCCCCAUACACACGUUUAUGUAAAGAGGAUAUAACUUUAUCCACAAAAUUGUUUGGAGACGAUCUAGCCAAACACUUGAAAGAUACGUCAGAAGCCAAAAAAGCAGGGCAGCAGAUGCAAAAGCCUUAUCCCAACAGCUCCAACUGGGGUGCAGUGCACUCUCAAAAAAGGAAUUUUAGCAGAUUCAAGCCUUAUCAUUAUGACCGGACACGAGGCUCUGGCAAUAAAUCAACCAACCGCCAGCCUUUUUUGGGGCAAGGCCGCCUAUCAGCACCGUUCCAGAAAAAGCACCCAGCCAGCAUCAACAACAAAAAUUAG